AUGGAGAAGUACGAAACGCCGACCAACGGGCUCAUCCAGAUGGUCCGGGACGGCCUGCCCGAAAUGACCUGGAUGACCUUUUUUGCCGUUUUGGCAUUCUCGUGCAUCGCGACUCGCAUCAUCAGCGGGCUUCAAGGCCGACAGCAAACCCGAGAUCCGUCAGAGCCUCGAGCUUCGCGAUUGGCGCCGUAUUGGUUCCCCUGGUUAGGACAUAGUCUGUCCUUUACAUGGAACCAUGCCAGUCUUUUUCAAGGGCUCAGGGACUCAAUGGAUGAAUCUGUCUUUGGCGUCUACCUCCGUGGCGAGACCCACGAUACUGUGAUCUCUCCAUCGAUGAUCAAGACCAUCUUGUCUUCCUCUAAGAACUCGUCGCUAGCGCUUGACCAGGCACUACACAAUGUCUUUGGCAAUCGCAAUCUCAUUCACAGUUUGCAGCAGAGCCGCAAUCAGGAAAUCAGCGACGACGUGCCUGGUUUCAUUAGCAAGGAGUCGUUUUUGAGCGAGGCCUCGGCUGCGAUCACCAAAAUGGUCCAACGAAAUAUCCCCAACUUGGUGAGCUUCAGUCAAAGCCCUGUUGACCAGGCGCCCUGGGAGCGCGACAGCAGCAAAGUGUCCGUCGUCCAAGAGGGCGAAUCAGUGUGCGAGGCAGACCUUUUCGCCCUCGUGCGAAAUUUUGUCGGUCACCACAUGUCCAACUUCCUGAUGGGCGAGGCCUUUUUGGAAAAUUUCCCCAUGGUCGUCGAGGACCUAUGGAAACUAGACACCAACUUUGUGUCGUUGUUUGUGGGACUUCCGCGCUACGUGCCAGCCCCUGGCGUGUCUGCGGGACAUGCUGCGUGCGAUAGACUUCACCAUAUAAUGUCUAUUUUCUACCGUGCAUUUACGGCCUGGGAUGACGGGAUCGACCCCGGAAUCGAGCUUCGCGAGCUGGACGACGUGUCCGAGUUGGUGAAGGAGAGAAUGCGGACAUUCCGCAAGCUGGAAAUGACCCCUGGCGCCAGUGCUGCGGGCAACUUGUCUUUGUACUGGGAUGUGAUGGAGCACAUUACCAAGAUCACAUUCUGGACUACUCUUCACAUCUUUGCCGACAGCGCUCUUCUCAAGGAGAUCCGAAAGGAGUUCGCUCCCUAUGUGAACUCUUCCCGACCUAGUCGCGAGGAGACAGGGUUCCCAUUCGACGAGCCUCCCCGCCUGAGUCUUGACCUCGACAACGUUCUUGAAUCGUGCACACUCCUGAAGGCGUGCUAUCACGAGACCGUCCGCCUCCACUCUGCCGGUGUCUCUUUCAGAAGGCUUGAGUCAGACCUGACUUUGACGGAGUCAGAUGAAGAUGCGACUGAACCUUGUACUUACAAGCUUCGCAAGGGUGAAAAGGUCAUCAUGCCCCAUGUCGCUUAUCAGACCGAUGCUCGGCGCUUUUCCAACCCAGACCAGUAUGAUCCUCUACGAUUCGUGGUCACAGACCCUGCGUCCGGCCGCAAGCAGGCCAGUGCUGAUGCUCUUGGUCCUUUUGCGGAGGGGCUUUAUGGAAUCAAGGACAACCAAUUAAACGAACGGUCCAUCUUGGCUUUCACCGCGGGUAUUGUGUCGAUGUGGGAUAUCACGUCCGCUGAUGAGAAAGUGCUCAAAAUCCCCAACAACAAAUCGACCUGGGGCUCUUUCCAGCCGUCGAAGGAUAUCAGAGUCCGUAUGAAGUCGACAGUUUAA